UUAAUCAGUUAAAUCAAAUAAAAAAAUAAAUAAAUAAAUAAAAAACGAACAGUCGCUGUGAUUGUACAAAAACGAUACGAGUCACACAACUCGGUUUCCGGAUCCGGUAUCUUCCUUUCCGGUUUGGUGCCCUCUCGUAGCCAUCAUGAAGGUCGAGUUGUGCAGUUUCAGCGGGUAUAAAAUAUACCCCGGCCAUGGCCGCCGAUACGCCAGGAUAGACGGAAAGGUGUUCCAGUUCCUGAACGCCAAGUGUGAGUCUGCCUUCCUGGCCAAGAGAAACCCCAGACAGAUCAACUGGACUGUCCUGUACAGGCGCAAGCACAAGAAGGGCCAGUCUGAAGAGGUGACCAAGAAGCGUACACGCCGCGCAGUGAAGUUCCAGAGGGCCAUCACUGGCGCCUCCCUGGCUGAGAUCAUGGCCAAGAGGAACCAGAAGCCUGAGGUCCGCAAGGCCCAGAGGGAGCAGGCCAUCAGGGCUGCCAAAGAGGCCAAGAAGGCAAAACAGGCAACCAAGAAGCCCUCUGCUCCCAGUGCAAAGGCCCCUGCCAAGACUGCACCAAAACCCAAGAUCGCAAAGCCCAUGAAAGUCAGCGCACCCCGUGUUGGCGUGAAAACGCUAAAGCCGUUCUGGUUUUUGGUUGUCAAUAAAAUUUUCUGGUUAUCAUGCUUUGUGUGAUGGUGAUUUACAAUACAGAAUCAAGUAU